ACUGCCAAGGUACUAUGAGGGAAGGGAAUAGUAUUCUCACACGCAUUAGUGUGCAAAUCAAGGUUCUUUUCCACUAGGCUAUACCCCGUUGGUCCCUAUAUACGUUAAGUUAUCAUCUACUUCUGUCCAUGGACGGUGAAAAGGAAACAUGAUCUGAUAGAAAAAAAAAAUGGGUCAGAAAGAAAAAAACCAAUACAGCCAGGGAGGUACUUGCAAAGUUUUUACUAGUAGGUCAUGGACAAAGCAAAUUUGAGCUGCUUUUUUUGGGGUUUUUGGGAAGGUUCAUGCAUGGGCAAGGAAAAGAGCCUUUUUCAUGAAGAGGCAUGGACCUGUGUUGUUGUCCCUUCAGAAAACCGCUGACUUACUUCCAUGACAUGAACUUUAUCAGAUACAAAGGUGAUCUUAAGACAUCACCAUACUCCUCAUCACAUAAAAAAGUUGAAGUGUCUCUUUUUAUUUUCAAUUUUUUUUUUUUUCCCCUUGUUGGGUUGGGAGGGCUGCUUAGUCAUUUUCAUUAUGUGAAUUGUUCUGCAAUUAACUGAAAAGAUGAGCAAUCAUUAUAUGAAGGGAUUUAGAGUGAAUCCACCAAACGAUAGCAGUAUAUCCAUAGCAUACUACUAAAGCUUGUUGUACAACAGAAUUUGAAGCAUGCAACCAAGUAUGCAGAAAGCAAAAUCUACCAUAUGGAUGUUUUUGUAUUUGUACAGUAUACUUCAAAGCCGAAAAAUCGAGCACUUGCAGACGAUGAACUCUCAUCUUAUUAGUUAAGCUACCUAAUUACAAGAGAUUCCCUCCAAAUUUGGUGAACAAUGAAAAAGAGAAAAGCUUAACGAAAUCUUUCUUAUAUGUCCUGUAGUUGCCUCACUGGUAUUUUUCAUAAUGUUAUUAGUUUUGACUAAUUUCCAAAUGUUAUGAGAGGGAAAAAACAAAAAAAUAUACACCCAUGACAGAAAGGAAUAGAUGAAUAAUUAAAGAUUUGUCAAUUUUUCAAAGGCGGCAUGUCCCUCAUAACCCCAAUCAUAUAAACUAUAGUUAGGUCCCUUCGUACUCCAAAUUUUCUAUGAAUUUUAUGUAUAUAAUUUUUUAAUAUAUCCAGAACUGCACUAGAAACCAUAAACUAAUCUGUCCCUCCAAGGCCCUAGCUUUUAGUCUAUUUCAAGGAAAUUUAAGCAAUGUUUUCCAGUGAAAAAGCAGUUUGAAGGAUUGAGGCAGCCAGUUCAAUAUCCCACUAUCACAUGAUGAGAGAUUUAAAGAGACUUAGAUGAGAUAGAAAGUAGCAGUGUUGUUAUUAACCUCAUCAUGUCAAGCAAUGCAAUCACUAUUAUUCUCUUGCUUCUCAAUAUCUUUCUGUUUCCUGCCACCUCUGCUCUGAACCAAGAGGGCCUCUCCCUACUUUCAUGGCUUUCAACCUUUAAUUCUUCUUCCUCUGCUACCUUUUUCUCUUCAUGGAAUCCAGCUGACCAGGAUCCAUGCAAAUGGGAUUAUAUCAUAUGUUCCAGCAGCAGGUUUGUUUCUGAAAUCACAAUCACCUCACUCAAUGUUCCUACCAGUUUCCCAAGCCAGCUCCUCUCCUUCAACUAUCUUACCACCCUUGUAAUCUCAAAAGGGAACCUCAGCGGAGAAAUUCCACCCUCGAUUGGAAACUUGUCUUCACUUACCACCUUGGAUCUCAGCUUCAAUGCUCUAACAGGUAAAAUUCCACAGGAGAUAGGAAAGUUAUCCAAAUUGCAGUUAUUAUCACUGAAUUCCAAUUCCUUGCAUGGUGUCAUUCCAAAAGAAAUUGGAAACUGUUCACAGCUUCAACAACUUGAGCUGUACGAUAACCAGCUAUCCGGAAAGGUUCCUGCAGAAAUAGGCCAGUUAUCGGCUCUGGAAAUCUUCCGUGCAGGCGGGAAUCCUGGAAUUCAUGGGGAAAUUCCAAUGCAGAUAUCAAACUGCAAAGCACUAACUUUUCUUGGCCUUGCAGCUACGGGAAUCACAGGGCAGAUUCCAAGCAGCAUAGGACAACUAGAGAAUCUCCAAACACUUUCAGUCUAUACUGCAAAUCUCACAGGUGCCAUCCCACCAGAAAUUGGUAACUGUUCAGCCUUGGAAAAUUUGUUUCUGUAUGAAAACCAGCUUUCUGGUCAUAUUCCCGGUGAAUUUAGUCGGUUGAAAAGACUCAGAAGAGUUCUACUGUGGAAGAACAAUCUAACUGGAAGUAUUCCAGGUGCUUUAGGGAACUGUUCCCUUUUGAUAGUGAUCGAUUUCUCAAUGAAUCUUCUGAGUGGUGAGGUUCCUCCGUCUCUUGUAAAUUUAGUGGCAUUGGAGGAGUUUCUGCUGUCUGAGAAUCAUAUAUCAGGCAGCAUACCACCUUUAUUUGGAAACUUUUCCAGUUUAAAGCAACUGGAAUUGGACAACAACAGAUUUACUGGCAAGAUUCCACCUGUCAUUGGGAAACUAAAAGAACUUACUCUGUUCUUUGCCUGGCAGAAUCAGCUGCAUGGAAGCAUACCAACUGAGCUGGCCAAUUGUGAGAAACUUCAAGCUUUGGACCUUUCACACAAUCUCCUCAAUGGGUCAGUUCCAAGUUCUCUCUUUGACCUCAAGAACUUAACUCAAUUGUUGCUGAUAUCAAAUCAACUUUCAGGAGUUCUUCCAACCAAUAUUGGUAACUGCACCAACUUGAUCCGCUUACGGCUGGGAUCAAACAACUUCACAGGUCAAAUUCCAUCUGAACUUAGGCUCCUUCAUAGAUUGACCUUCCUUGAAUUGUCAGAAAAUCAAUUUAAUGGGGAAAUUCCUCCUGAAAUCGGAAACUGUACCCAGUUAGAAAUGGUUGAUUUGCAUGGCAAUGAGCUCCAAGGCAUGAUUCCUUCAUCUUUCCAAUUCCUUACUGGUCUUAAUGUAUUAGACCUUUCCAUGAACAUGAUAGAAGGCACGAUUCCUGAAAAUCUGGGCAAUCUGACAUCCCUAAACAAACUGGUCAUCAGUGGAAACCACAUUACAGGUUCCAUACCAAAAUCAUUGGGCUUCUGUAAGGAUUUGCAGCUGUUGGAUAUGAGCAGCAACAAUAUCACUGGCUCUAUCCCAGAUGAGAUCGGACGCUUGCAAGGUCUAGAUAUUCUCUUGAAUCUGAGUUGGAAUUCUCUGACAAGCCCCAUUCCAGAAAGCUUCUCAAAUCUCUCAAAACUUGCCAAUAUGGAUCUAUCCCACAAUAUGCUGACAGGAAGCCUGAAAGUACUGGGCAGUCUCGACAAUCUUGUGUCCCUGAAUGUCUCAUACAAUGACUUUUCAGGUCCACUUCCCAAUACUAAUUUCUUCAAAGAUAUUCCAUCAACUGCAUACGAGGGCAACCCGAAGCUAUGCAUUAACAGAAAUGAGUGCCACUUGAACGGUAACCUGCAUGACAAGAAAUCCAUCAGAUAUCUAAUUGUUUGUGUUCUUCUUAGUGUGACAGCAACUAUAUUGCUUAUGCUUGCUGGAAUAGCUUUAUUCGUUAGAGUUGCUGGAAUCACAUUUGGGAUGGACAGUAAAGAAGAAAGUCAUUUGAUAUGGGAUUUCACCCCAUUUCAAAAGCUUAAUUUUUCUGUUAAUGAUAUUGUGACUAGACUAUCAGAUUCAAACAUUGUGGGGAAGGGUUGCUCAGGAAUGGUUUAUCGUGUGGAGACUCCGACAAAACAGGUCAUUGCAGUGAAGAAACUAUGGCCGGUAAAUAAUGGCGAGCGUCCACAGAUCGACUUGUUUUCUACAGAAGUUCGUACUCUUGGAUCAAUUAGGCAUAAAAACAUAGUGAGGCUUCUGGGAUGUUGUAACAACGGAAAAACCAGACUGCUUUUGUUUGAUUACAUUAGCAAUGGCAGUUUGGGUGGAUUGCUCCAUGAGACAAGGCUGUUCUUAGACUGGGAUGCAAGGUACAAGAUUGUACUGGGAGCAGCUCAUGGUUUAGCUUAUCUUCAUCAUGAUUGUAUACCUCCAAUAGUUCAUCGGGAUAUUAAGUCUAACAACAUCUUGGUAGGACCACAGUAUGAAUCUUUUCUAGCAGAUUUUGGCAUUGCAAAGCUUUUGAGUGCUCCAGAAUGCGGCAGAGCCUCCAACACAGUUGCUGGUUCUUAUGGCUACAUUGCUCCAGAAUAUGGAUAUAGUUUGAGAAUCACAGAAAAGAGUGAUGUGUACAGCUAUGGAGUGGUGCUCCUGGAGGUCCUAACCGGGAAGGAACCGAUGGAUAACAAGAUUCCGGAGGGUGCCCAUAUUGUCACUUGGGUCAAUAAGGAACUCCGAGAAAGGAAACGGGAAUUCACAUCAAUUCUUGACCAGCAGCUAAUAUUGAGAUCAGGGACACAAACCCAAGAGAUGCUUCAAGUGCUUGGGGUGGCUCUGCUCUGUGUUAAUCCUUGCCCAGAGGAAAGGCCAACAAUGAAAGAUGUAACAGCAAUGCUCAAGGAGAUCAGGCAUGAAAAUGAGGAUUGUGAAAAACCAGAUUUUCUUGGAAAAGGAGAUGCGAAAGCUAGAGUCCACAGUUCCAGUUUUUCCAGAUCAUCUGAACCUCUAAUUGGAUCACCUUCAUGUUUUCCCACAAACCCCUAAAGUCAUCAUUCCACUUCAUUAAUUUUUAUUUUUUGUUCAGGUAAAAAGAUACAAUUUGUAUAGAUUAAUGUCGUGUAGUAGCAAUAAGACAUGUUUAUUGUCUUUCACUAUGAUUCAGGAUUGCAUUAUCAGAUUGGGGGUUUUCUCCUCUAUCUACCUUAGUGCAGAUAGUAAGGCAAAAGUAAAA